AUACAGCAGUGCACGUGAGGAAUCAGCUGACUGCGUUGACGGAGUGUAUGCGUGAAUAAAUUCCCACUGCAUUCACUUCUUGUUUGUGUUGUCAGACAGUAUUUUGAAUUAUCGUUAGCUUCCAAAAUGUUACGACCGAAAGCUUUGACUCAAGUGCUCAGCCAAGCAAAUACAAGCGGAGUUCAAAGCACGCUAUUAUUGAACAACGAAGGUUCACUUCUGGCAUACUCUGGCUAUGGUGACACAGACGCACGGGUUACGGCUGCUAUUGCCAGCAACAUUUGGGCAGCCUACGACAAAAACGGACAUCUGGCUUUCAAUGAGGACAAACUGAAGUUCAUCUUAAUGGACUGCAUGGAGGGGAGAGUGGCCAUCACACGAGUGGCAAACCUAUUAUUGUGUAUGUAUGCCAAAGAGACAGUGGGCUUUGGGAUGCUGAAAGCUAAGGCCGAAGCUCUUGUAGAAUACCUGGAAGAACCCUUAACACAAGUGGCUGCAUCUUAGAGAAAAGGAAUGGCAUCACAAUCCUUUAUUUUUCUUGUCCUGUGUUUUGGGAGCAGAAGUGAGACUAACUUUAUGCACUCAAGUCUGGCUGCAUGAGGGCUAAGUCUGGACUUUGACUUAGAAUACUGUUAACUGUCCAUAGAGGACUAACUAUUUAUUUACAUAUUUGAUUGAAAUGCUUACCACCAUAUCUGCAGCUUGAGGUAUGUGUGAUGUUCUGUAUGGACUACUAUGUAUGUAUAUUCUUUGUAAACUAACAGUUUUGCCUGUGUUCUGAUUGAAAUUAGAAAACAAAUGCUUUGAGUUGUGUUUCUCCAAUACGCUCUGUUCAACAAUCUGAAAAAUGUGUGAAAAUGGAAACAUUUUUUGUAUGAUGUGUGUACGCUGUGCAAUUUUGAACAAAUAUACUGAAAGAUGUAACCGAAAAAAGUUUAUAUUUUAAUUAAUAAGCCAAUUUAAAACCAUCAUCCGUUGUUUAUACGGGGGUCAUUUAUCUCUUAAGUGGAUUUUGAAUAAAUAUAUGUAUGAUA